AUGGUGGUUGAUAGGAGCUUUCUUAAAGCAGCAUAUAAGGGGACUAUAUUGACUGCUUUCACACUGGAUGUAGCUGUUGAGUACUAUCAAGAUUCCUUCCUCUUAAUGGUUGUUGUAGUUUGGAAUAUCCUACCGCUAGCCUAUGCACUCGACUCAAAAAAUGAUGCAUCUUGGGGAUGGUUCUUCAUGCAACUGAAGAAUACUUUUGGGGUUUGGGAAAGAAUGUGUAUUAUUUCGGAUAGACAUGAUAGCAUCCAGAAUGCAACAUCAAUUGUUUACCUAGAAGUGCCUCAUUAUUUCUGCAUCUACCAUUUGUGGAACAACGUCAAGAAUCUAUUCAGGAAAAAUGAGGAAAAAUCGAGACUGGUCUUUUUUGUUUUGGCUAAGGCUGACACCACUGAAAGGUUUGACCGCUACAUGAACGAAUUGAAUAAAAUUGAUCGGCGAGUGCAACCUUACUUGUUCAGUGUUGGGUAUGACGGUGGUCUAGAGUAUUCUGAAAGUGCAAUGAAGUCUACAAAGCUUGGCAAAAUGUACAACAAGAUGUUGAAGAAAAAUAUGAUUGCAUCACAGAACAUGACGGCGAUACCUUCUACAGACCAGUUGUGUACAGUGGUUGAAGGGAAAAGGAUAAACAUAGUGGACCUUGGAGAGGGAACAUGCAAUUGUAAGAGAUUUCAAAUGAAUGAAUUGCCAUGCUCGCACGUUUGGGCAGUUGUAAAGCACAAUGGAAUGGACCCAAUCCAAUUCUGCUCUUUCUAUUACAAGAAGGAUUAUCUCAUGAAAACAUGGAAAAUUCCUGUGAAUCCUAAUCCAGAUGAGACUACAUGGGUUGUCCCUAGAGAGGUCAUGGAGAAUGUGGUCUUACCACCAGAUGGGAAGAGAAGUGCUGGAAGACCAAAAAUGAAGAGAUACAAAGCGGCUUUAGAUAUGGAUAAUAAUAAAAAUAAGAAGAAGAGGGCUAAGCUUUCAUGUAGGUGGUGUGGACAAGCUGGUCACAAUAGGAAAACAUGCAAAAAUAUACCAAAGAACUUAGUUUGA